UACUCCUGUCAUCUCCACUGUAUACAUCAGCAAUUAGUGGGUGGAUGUGUGUUUUAUGAAGUCAUGUUUUCGUCAGUUUGCGUUUUAAUUGCGUCGACACGUAACCCACCGCUCGCAAGACGCAGCUCACCUGCUGCCCGAUAAAUUUGCCGCGCCACCCGCACCACAAUCGUCCAACCAUGGACACGAGCACUACGUCCAUCGAGGGCGGUUCAAAGAAGGUCCAAUUAGAAGAAUUAACCAAAGAGGAACUUGUUAAGAAGUGCCGCAGUUUACUCACCAUCGCACAGAAGGCAAAACAAGCUCGAGAUGUUUUGGUUGAAGAAAACAAUAAACUUAAACAAUCACCACCUGUAAACACAACUGCCACUGAAGAAUUGAUUGAAUCCUUUACACAACAGAAACUAGACUUGGUUACAAAGAAUGACACAUUGGUACAAGAGAAUAAACAACUACAGGAACAACUGAAUCAAGCAGAAGAAAAACUUGCAAGUUUAGAUACUGAAAGUCAAGUGUAUAAAAGACAAGUUUCCAGGCUAACAGAAGAAAAUGAACAGUUAUUAACACAUCUAGAUGGUCUAGAAACACAAAUCAAUGAGUUAAAGAGGAUUGGUUUGGAACAACAGCAGCAGUUGCUUAUUCUAGAACAGAAUAAUGAAGCAAUAGCAGAGAAAAACGAACUGAAUGAGUUGCAGAAAAUGCUAACUGUCAGUUUGGAUGAAAUAAAGAAGUUAAAAGAUGAAAACAAACAAAUCCAGGAAGUUGUCUCAGAGAAAGAAGCAAUAAUUAUCAGUCUAAAUGACACACUAGCAAACUAUGACUUUAAUUCACAGAAAUAUGAUGAAUCUAAGGCUUUGUUACUGCAAAAAGAUGAAGAACUUCAAAGGCAGACUAGAGUUAUUGAUGAUUUAAACACUGAACUGCAUAAAAAUCGUGCAUUGGCCGAAAAAUUAAAACAAGAUAUUUCUAAUACAAGUAAAAGAUUCAAUGAUAAUCAGAUUGAAUCGAGUGGAAUUAAUGCUGAACUACAAAAUAGUAAUGAAAAACUUCGAGAGAAAUUGAAGAGUUAUCAUGGGAAGAUUGUUAAAUUGGCUGGAGAUGUCAGAAAAGUUAAAGAAAGCAAGGAAUAUAUCUUGGAUACGUUUAAAGUCUACAAUCAACAAGUACAACUCUGGCAGGAGCAAUUAAAAGCCCUUAGUUUGAGGUUACAACAAGAAGUACAACUUAAUUUCGAUGAAAAACAGAAACUACAGAAGAGAAUUGAUGAAUUGGAAGAGAAAUUGAAAGAAAUGGAGAAUUUAACAGUUGAAAAAGAGAAUUUGCAUAAAACUGUCGAUGUAAUGCGGUCGCAAAUGACUAAAUUAAAUGAAGAUGUCGCAGAUGGCAAAGAAAAGUAUUUAGAAGAGGUUAAACAUGAACUUGAGGUUAAAUCUGACACAUGUAACCAACUCACAGAAGAAUUAUCCAAUGAAAAAGAAAUUUAUGAAAAGUUAAGACUGGAAUACAAUGGAUUAUUGUUAGACAACAAUAAACUAUCACAAGAUUUACUUUUGAAGACCAAUGAAAAUGAUGACAAUGCAAAAUUACUUGCUGAAAUGCAGGCAACCCUCCAUACACAAACCGAAGAUUAUUCAAAAUUAAAAGAAGAAUACACUGCUAAAGUAACUGAAUUUGAAGCAACAAUUGAAGGUAAUAUCCGGUUGGUGAGUGAACUUAAGAAGGCCAUUGAGAGAUUAGAGUCCGACUUGGAAUCGUCGCGCAUCACGGAAUCCAAACUAGCGGAACAAACCAGCGAGACGAUUCGUCAACUGCGCCAAGAGAAGAAAACACUCGAAGAUGAAAUUGAAGAGUUACAUUUACAACAAGAAACCGCAGCGCAACCAACGUUAAAGUCUGAAAACGCCGAACUUUUGGCUGAGAUGAACGUCAUGAAUCAAGCACUCAAGGAACGCGGUGAGACUAUCAGUCAACAACAAGCACACUGUGAAGAAUUAGUGAAAAAAAUACAAGUUUACGAAGGGCAACUUGCAAAAAGUCAAGAACACGUUCAAUCACUACAAGAAGAAGUGCAAUCUCUACGUUCACAAGUAAAUCAAGAUGAUUACGAUGCUUUGUCAACUUCAACGAUCUCCAAAUGUGAUGAGAUUAAUAGAAUGAAAGAAUUAGAAGGUAGUUGGGAGGAGCGUUAUGGUAAACUUCGGACUUACGCUGUAAAAUUAAAAGCAAAAGCUAAAGAGAUGCAGGAUGAUGCAAAACGUUUAGAAGUUGAAAAAAGUGAGUUACAAGGACGUGUUGCGACUCACAUGAAAACCGUGCAGAGUAUGCAAGCACAAAUUGAUGCGCUGCAUGAUAAAAUCGACCUCCAGAAGGAAACUAAGAGUAAAAUGGACCAAACCAACAAGGAUAAUCAACGAUUACUUCAACAGUUAGCCAGUAAUGAAGAAACAAUCCAGAAAUUAACAUCACAGGUUGAAGGAUUGACUCAGGAGAAGACAAAUCUCGAUUCUUGGAAGAAACAAGUCGGGACUAAAGUACAAGCACUGAAAAAAGAACUGGAAGCUAAUACUUUGAUGCGUAAAGACUUUGAAAGUCGUAUUACUAAGUUACAAGCUGAUUUAGCCGCUAAAGAAAAAGAACUUUCGGCUGAGAAGGAAAAACAUACCACAACUAAAUCACAAUUGAAUGAAUCUAAUAACGAAUGUAAGAAACAGUCGGUGCUGAAUCUAGAAAUGCAGGAUUAUGAGCGUUCUAUUAAAGAUUUGUCUGCCAAACUUGAAAAGAAGAAUGAACAGGUUACCAAGUUGAAGAAUCAAAUUGAUGCGCAGAAAAGUUCUGUGAGUUCAACGAAAGAACAGAAUAGAUUGAUGGAAGAGAAGUGUAGUGAGCUGGAAACUGAGCUGGAUGCUUGCAGGAUUGAGAUAAGAACGUUUAAGAAGCAAAUCGCUGACUUGGAGAUUACCAUCGGUGAUAAAGAGAGUAAAAUUGAUGAGACUUUGAAGAGUUUGGAAGCUACACGCAGUGAAAAUGAAGAUUUAUCCACACAAUUAUCGAAAAUAAUCGCAGAACAUCAAAAGGUUAAUCAAUUGUUGAGAGAAGAAAAAGAUCAUUUUAGGAAUGAGAAUGUUGAUUUAGAAUCACGGCUGAGACAAUUAUCUGAUCAACUUAAACUUAGAAGUGAUGAGUUGGAUAAUGUUAAUGCAGAGUAUCAAAGUUAUAAAGUUCGUGCACAGAGUGUGCUGAGACAGAAUCAAAGUCGAGAUGUUGGUGUAGAAGAGAAGUUAACUGAAGAAGCGGCGAGUUUAAGGGCGCAAAUGAAGAUUUAUCAGAGUGAAAUUGAUGAAUUGAAGUUAAAACUUAAAACUCUUGAGACAUCUAAUCAAAAAUUACAAGAAGAGAAAAACGAUUUGGAUGUACAACAAAAAGAAAUCCAAGAAGAUUUAAGCAAUGCACAAGUUGAGAUUGAGAAAUUAAACGCUAAACAUCUAUUGACGAUACAAGAGCAUAAUGAAACCGUGCGAAGUUUGAAGCUGCAUACUGAAACGCUCUCGCAAUGUUAUCGCCAGCAGAUAUCCGAGCAGGAAGUGCGCCACAACCGGGAAAUCAUCGAACUACAAUCGAAAUACGAUAAAAACCCGCCGCCACAAACCGACAUUCCUUCAUUAAUCAUCCCUACAUCCAUCCGAGAGGAAGGGGAAGGAUCAGAAAGCGUUGACAGUACAAACGGUAACAAUAUACAUCCUUUAGAAAAACUACUAGGAUCAGAUCAGGAUCAGGAACUGGCAGCGGUGAAGAAAAACCUGAACGAAAACGAGUUGCGCGUUGUGCAUUUAACCGCAUUACUCGCUGACACCGAACAGGAUCUGUCAAAACACAUGCAGAUGAAUAAAGUGUUAAAAGAAGAGAUUAGAAGGCAACAGAGGUCGGUGGAACGUGAACGCCACGCGGAGAAUUUAGAAUAUAUGAAGAACGUCGUAUUUAAAUUUAUCACUUUAAACAAUGGCGACGAACGUCUACGACUUGUACCAGUCUUAAACACGAUUCUAAAGUUGAGUCCUGAAGAAACAAACAAGUUGAAUUUAGUUGCGAAAGGCGAUAAAUCCUGGUCGAAUUACCUUCCGCUGUGGGCAGGUGCAGGCGGCAGUAAACCGCAGUAAUAUUAUUAAUUAUUAUCUGUAAAUAUAUAAAUAAAUGAAAAAAACAACGUA